AUGCCUCGAACCCGAUCCCAGUCACAGGCCACCAUCGGCUUUCCAAAAAAGAAGCCAUUUCGGACAUUGGACAAAGCUAAAACCUCGAGUGACACCAAAGUAGAGCUGACCAAGGUCAAGGCCAUCCCCCUUACUCCGUGUGCAAAAAGCCUGCCUCUCAGCCCCAGAAAGCGCCUGGGUGACGACAACCAGUGCAAUACGCCCCGUUUAUCACCGUGCUCUCCACCAAAGCUGGGCAAGAAAGAGAACGGUCCCCCUCACUCCCACGCAUCCAGGGGACGCAAACUGGUAUUUGACAACCAGCUGGCAGUUAAGUCUCCGGGCAAGAGAAGACAAGCCGGAGUAAACCAAAACAAAACGUGUUCCUCUGUUCGAAAAGGUCAAGAGAUCACAGCACACCCUGAGCAGAGCCGUCCCUCGGAGAAGGAACCUGCGUGCGUGAGGCUGUGUAAGCAAGAAGGCACUUGCUACCAGCAAGCAAAGCUGGUCCUGAACACAGCUGUCCCCGAUCGGCUGCCUGCCAGGGAGAAGGAGAUGGAUAUCAUCAGGAGUUUCCUGAGGGAGCACAUCUGUGGGAGAAAAGCUGGAAGUCUUUAUCUCUCUGGUGCUCCCGGAACUGGAAAAACAGCCUGCUUAAGCCGGAUUCUGCAAGACCUCAAGAAGGAGCUGAAAAGUUUUAAAACUAUCAUGCUGAAUUGCAUGUCCUUGAGGAGGGCCCAGGCUGUAUUCCCAGCGAUUGCUCAGGAAAUUGGUCAGGAAGGAGCAUCCAGGCCAGCUGGGAAGGACAUGUUGAAGAAACUGGAAAACCAUUUUACUGCAGAGAAGGGCCCCAUGGUCGUGCUGGUGCUGGACGAGAUGGACCAGCUGGACAGCAAAGGGCAGGAUGUGCUGUACACACUGUUUGAAUGGCCAUGGCUGAGCAAUUCUCGAUUGGUGCUGAUUGGCAUUGCUAAUACCUUGGAUCUCACAGACAGAAUUCUGCCAAGGCUUCAAGCUAGAGAGAAAUGUAGGCCACGGCUUUUGAACUUCCCACCUUACACCAGGAAUCAGAUAGCCACUAUCUUGCAGGAUCGACUUAAUCAGGUCUCCCGAGAUCAGAUCCUGGACAGCGCUGCGAUUCAGUUCUGUGCCCGGAAAGUCUCUGCCGUUUCUGGAGACGUUCGCAAAGCGCUGGAUGUUUGCAGGAGAGCUAUUGAAAUUGUAGAGUCGGAUGUCAAAAGCCAGACUAUCCUCAAACCACUGUCUGAAUGUAAGUCAUCCUCUGAGUCACUGGUUCCGAAGCGGGUUGGCCUUAGUCACAUAUCCCAGGUCAUUGCAGAAGUUGAUGGAGACAGGAUGACUUCGAUUCAAGACGGAGCACAAGAUUCCUUCCCUCUGCAGCAGAAGAUCUUGGUCUGCUCUUUGCUGCUCUUGACCAGGCAGUUGAAAACCAAAGAGGUCACUCUGGGGAAGCUCCACGAGGCCUACAGCAGCGUCUGCCGCAAACAGCAGGUGGCGGCGGCGGACCAGUCCGAGUGCCUGUCCCUCUCGGGGCUCUUGGAGGCCAGGGGCAUUUUAGAGUUAAAGAAAAACAAGGAGACCCGCCUCACCAAGGUGUCUUUGAAGAUUGAAGAGAAGGAAAUAGAGCAUGCUCUGAAAGACAGAACUUUAAUUGGAAAUAUCUUAGCUACUGGAUUGCCUUAA